GGGUUGGCACCAGUGAACGCGAUAAUGAAGUGACAGAUAAACAUAACUCAAUGAAUCAUGGAUUUUACUCUAAAACCAGUAUUUUUGUUAACGAUUGUGUUACUAUACGUAGCUAUAAACGUAAAUGCAAUCCGAACGAAAGACAAAAUGUAUGAAAACAUUGACGCCUCGAAGGCUUGUUUUCGCCGCCUGAAUGCCACUCAUCAAAUCGGGUGCACAUCUAAAAGGGGUGGUUCCACGGGCGUCAUCCACUACUGUAGAAGCCAGUCAGACCUUGACUUCAUCCUCAAGAAUGGCACUGCGCCCCCUUACGUUCCCGUGAUCCCCACGAACCUCUUCACAAUGAGCAACGUCAACCGCUUGAAACAGUCGUCAAAAAUAUCCGGAGUCCUACUCUACGCGGGUGACGAAAACCCCGAUUAUUUCACCCACGAGCAGCAAUGCCCCAACCCAGAAUCAAGUCUCAAGGGUACUUGCAAAGCCAGCAGCGUGUGGAACCCGCACGGGACAGGUUUACUCUACCAAGACAUUCCAUUCCCGGUGUUUUUCGUCGAAAACGAGGAAACCAUCAAGUUUGCCAAGGAGUGUUUCGACAAAUACAACAACCACUCGUUUAGUACGCAAAGAGACAGGAGUUUGUGUUCGCUGCAGUUGACUUCGUUCAUGUAUGCGGCCACGAACAGUUCGACGUGUAUUCGACGGUCGAAUAUGAUCACGAACUUGAACCCUGUGAAAUUUUGUGACCCGUUGGGCGACAAUAAUGCGUGGGCGUCGCUGUUUCCGCUGGUGAGGGGACCCAACUUGACGGAGCCCAUUAGGGAUGUUGGUUACAUUGUGGUGGCGGCACGGAUGGAUGCGACUUCCAUGUUUGAUAAGACCGAGGGGGCGAUUUCUCCGGUUACGGGUUUAGUGGCGUUGUUAGCCACUGCGAAGUAUUUGAAGACAAUUCUGCCAACUGAUGAGAAUUUCACGAAAAAUGUGUUGUUUGUGGUUUUUAAUGGAGAAACGUACGAUUAUAUCGGGUCGCAGAGGUUCGUGUAUGAGUUGCUAAAGGGGAAUUUUCCUACCAAGUCCAAGGAGUUCCUACCAGAAAUUAGAAUGGACGACAUUGACUUAUUCAUAGAGUUGAGUCAACUCAACAAAACUGAGACUGUCGUCGCUCACUACUUGAGUGGAACUAAACUUAAAGAUUUUCUUUUGAAGUUGCGUACGAAUAAAGGGGAUUUGAGUUUUGACGAAGCUGAAGACAGUUUGCCGCCGGCGUCGGUACACACGUUUUUGAAAAACCGAACUAACCUUCCUAGUUUAGUGCUAGCAGAUCAUAGGGGUCCGUUUUUGAACCCGUUUUAUAAUUCCGUGUACGAUAAUGCCAGUAAUUUGCAUUACAAGUACCUGAAUUUGACCAAAGAUGAUAUUUCUCAAAGUGACAAUAUUCAAACACAUGUACAGAAAGUGGCUACGAUGCUUGCUAAAAGCUUGUAUUUGGAAAUUACUGCUAAGAGUUACCAAGGUCCUGAAGACGUAGCCGAUUUACAAUUUAUCGAUGAGUUGUUUCAUUGUUAUUUGGAGAACGCAAACUGUCGAGUUCAUCAAGCAAUACAAAAAUUGGAGUUGAAUACGCAACCAAUAUCGUUGUACAUUGGUGUCGAAGUGGCCCCCAAUUUCAUCACUACUUUGAUUGGUUUGACUUUGGGGUGGGUAACUGGGGACGUUACAGGACCAGGUAAUAGAAACUGUACCAAUGAACCAAAGAAUUACGCCCUACGUUACUACAACAUGUCCCGCAGUUUGGACGACCUUAAUACGACCAUGUGCUAUCGUAUCACGAUGAAUUUCACAGAGGCCGUGAGUCCAGCGUUCAUAAUUGACGGUUAUGACUGGUCCUCUGGCCAGUACAGUACUUGGACUGAAUCCAUCUGGGGCGACAUUAAACUGAGGGUCUUCCUCAAACCGUCCGCCGCCCACGAAAAUAUGACCAUAGCCGUAGGAUCAAUGGUUUUUAUUCUAGCCCUCCUACUCGUUUAUUUCGUUAAAUCCCGAGCCCACAUUCUCUUCGCCCCACAAUUACCCACACUAGCGCCGACUAGUUGUUAAUGUGAUAAUUAUUUUAUUUAUUAUUUUUUUUUAAUAAAAUAAAUUCUUAAAAAUUGUUUAAAA